AUGGCCUCCCUCCUCCUCAUCGGCGCGAUCCUCAUCGCCGUGAAAUGCGUCGACGAGCACGAGAAGAAGAAGCUGGCACACCAAGAAAUCGACUCCAUGUCCGCUGGAACAGCCCUAGAUGCCGAGACCGCUACCUCCAGCGGAGACGAAACGCCGCGGAAGAAGAGCGUCCUUAGUCGGACGUACUGGCACGGGCGGAGACGGUCUAGGUCUCGGGGGGCUCAGAGACAGGCGGAGGCGGAGAGGAUAGGCUUAGGGCCGGGGGUUGAGGCGCCGCCGCCUUAUGAGCGGAGUGCUGCGUUGCCGGGGUAUCGCGAGCUGGAGAAGGUGGAUUAUCAGUGA